AUGUCUCUUCUUGCUUCCAGCGGAAUUGUUAUCGUCAUUCCGAACAUAGAUGACAGCAAAGCCAUCGGCCAUGCGUCCAUCAAAAUCUUGUCCAUACGAUUGUCGGUGGGUCCUUGGUUCAAUGAGAAUAUCGCGGAUCCAUUCGAGCUCUUCUCCUGGGAAGCAAACCUUUAUCCAUUGGUGGAUACUGCGGAAGUGAGUCAAGAACAAUUCACUGCUGCAAUAUUGCGUGCUUUACCUUUGGAAAUUGAUGCUUUUAGCUCGCUUUUUGACGAGUUUUGGGAUAAGAGUAUAGAUCUCAUUCGAAAAGCACCAAAUGAUUUCAAUGCUUAUACUAUUGGUCGUAUGCAUAAACAUAUGGUUGUUUUGGUACCUGCCAGGUCAGUCUGCUACAAGCCUGCUGUCAACUUUUCCAAACAUAAAGCUGGUUUUGGUGGUCGGAAUAUGUGGUGGUGUUCCCUACUACGGAGGAAGACACGAAAUUAUCAUUGGAGAUGUUGUCAUAAACGAAGGGAUCGUUCAAAGAGUACCAGCGGCUUUUCAUCCGAAGAAAUCCAUGCCGGAACCCUUGGCCGACCAAAUGUGGCUAUUCGCAGUCUACUUCAAAAAAUCAAGACAAAGUUAAUACAAGAGCGACUUGCAAAGAAGAUGGCCAAUAACCUCCAAAACAUUCACAAUAAUCUCGGUUGUGAUAGUGCUCAGUACCCAGAAAUUGAUCAAGACGAGCUUUUUAUUCCGACUACACUCAUAAGCACUAUACUCCGGGCGUUUGCGCCACGUGUGAUCAACUUCAGAGCUCCACUGAUUCAGUGUAUGAAGACGUCUCUAAUUUACCUGGGAGCAACUAGGAUCCCUUCGAGUCAAAUGAUCUAUAUUGCUUUAUUCGGAUCUGGAGAUAGGGUAAUGAAGUCAGGGCUGGACCGAGAUGAGAUUGCUACUCGGGACAAAGUCAUGGCAUUCGAGAUGGAGGGAGCAAGAGUAUGGGAUAUUCUCCCUUGUAUAGUUAUCAAGGGCGUGUGCGAUUAUGCUGAUAGCCACAAAAACGAAGUAUGGCAGCACUGCGCUGAUGCCACUGGCGCUGCAUGCAUGAGAGCUGUUUUAGAUGAAUGGCCAAUCGGAUUAUGUGGAAACUGCUCACAGCUGUUAGCUAGUUUUUGA